GAUUCCUCAGAGGAAUGAUUUUGACCCUAUUUUCUUCAUUCGACGAUACAUUUUCUUAUAAAAACAAUUUUCAUGAACAAAGAAUAAUAUGUAAUAAUGACUGCUUCUCUUAAUUAUUAUCUUAGCCCGAUCCUGACUAUAACAAUAAUAAUCCAUUUCAAAUAAAUAUCGCAAUGAUAACCUCAAUAAUUGGAAUUUACAACUAGAGUAGAAUACUAAAACUUUCCAAAAGUUUUGUUCUUUUGUAGUUCAAUAUGAAUCGGCUAAAUUUUUUCUUCAAGAAUUCAACCAAACAGAUCAUUUUCAAAAAUUCCAGUUUCUCUACUUCAACAAAUAAACCCCUUCUAGUAGAAUUCAAUGAUGGUGUGAAGACUAUCACUCUAUCUCAACAGAAAACUCGAAAUGCUCUUUCCAUAAAUAUGAUGAACAAUCUCAUUGAUACUAUAACAGAAGAUAAGGACAAUCCUGACUUGAGAGUUAUCGUGAUAGGAUCUGAAGGAAAAGUUUUUUCAGCAGGUCACAAUCUCAAAGAACUGUCGAGUGAAAAUGAAAUUGAUACUCAUAAAAAAGUAUUCAAUUUGGCUUUCGAACUCAUGAAUGCUAUCAUAGAUUCUCCAGUUCCAGUCAUAGCUAAGGUUAAUGGGGUAGCAGCUGCGGCAGGAUGUCAACUUGUUGCUCAAUGUGAUAUAUCCAUUUGUUCUAAAGAAAGUUCGUUUUUAACUCCUGGAGUGAAUUUUGGAAUCUUUUGUUCAACUCCCGGUGUAGCAUUAUCCAGAACAUUACACAAAAGUACAGCAUUGAAAAUGCUUCUAACUGGAAGAUCAAUAUCAGCUGAAGAAGCAAAAACUGCUGGCCUAAUCACUGAAAUUUGCAACGAGGAUGACCUGAAUAAGACGGUGGCUUCUUAUUGUGAAGAUAUAAAAAAUAAGAGUAGGGAAGUUAUAGCACUGGGAAAAAGAUUUUAUUACAAACAGCUCAAUUUAGGUGUAAAAGAAGCGUAUAAGACUGGAGGAGAUAUAAUGGUGGAAAAUUUACAACUGAAAGAUGGCAAAGAGGGCGUGCACAGUUUUAUUGAGAAAAGGAAAGCAAGAUGGACUCAUGGCACCAAUUAAACAUCCAAAUGGGUAAAAUUAUUUUUUGAUUAAAAAUAUUUUGGGAUA